GAAAAAGAAGGCACGAAAGUGCAGACUCCGAGCAAGACCGCGAGGGUUUAGGGUGUCAUUUGGGACAGGGCCAAUCUUCACGUUACAGCCUGAAAUCCAGUCUCUCUUCUAGAAAGAAGAGAAGCAGAAAACAGCCUGUGAAAUGAGUGCAUAUGAGGAGAGAGAGCAGGAGGCUCCUGUUGACACAUCUCCAGGAUUCAACUGUGUGUCUAUGGAGAGUAACAACUUAAUGUGUCUGCCCCCUGAUCUCAGUGAUGGACCUGCUGUGACCUUUGACUCUAUUACCAUCAGCAGGAAGAGAAAGAGAGCAGCUUCUCCACUGCAGCCCCCUGAUCUCAGUGAUGAAGCGGUGCCCUUUGAUCCUGUUGGUGGGAGACCUGACCAGAUCAGAUAUGUGUCCUGUCCGACCUUCACAUCCUCCUACAGUCAGAACCAAAUCAGUCAUCAUGACACAGAAGCAGCUCAGCAGCAUGAUUCUCAUCAACCAGUGCAUGAUGAUCUGCAGAGAGUCAAAGACCAGCACAAGACCAGCAUGAAGAACAAGCAUGAGAGAUUAUUUGAGGGAAUCAAACUACAACAGAAUCAAACUCUCCUGAACAGGAUUUACACACAGCUGUACAUCAUAGAGGGAGAGAGUGAAGGAGUGAAUGAAGAACAUGAGGUGCUGCAGAUGGAGAAAAGUUACAGGACAGGACACUCCAAUCAACUUACCAUCAGCAGGAAGAGAAAGAGAGCAGCUUCUCCACUGCAGCCCCCUGAUCUCAGUGAUGAAGCGGUGCCCUUUGAUCCUGUACCUGACCAGAUCAGAUAUGUGUCCUGUCCGACCUUCACAUCCUCCUACAGUCAGAACCAAAUCAGUCAUCAUGACACAGAAGCAGCUCAGCAGCAUGAUUCUCAUCAACCAGUGCAUGAUGAUCUGCAGAGAGUCAAAGACCAGCACAAGACCAGCAUGAAGAACAAGUAUGAGAGCUUAUUUGAGGGAAUCAAACUACAACAGAAUCAAACUCUCCUGAACAGGAUUUACACACAGCUGUACAUCAUAGAGGGAGAGAGUGAAGGAGUGAAUGAAGAACAUGAGGUGCUGCAGAUGGAGAAAAGUUACAGGACAGGACACUCCAAUCAACUGCAAUGA